CAUUCAAAUUUAGCUUCACACGCGCAGCCUACACAUCCACAUUUCAAGUUUGUUAAUUUUGGUUCAUUUUUGUGUUGAUUUGUUAAGUAGCUUCAUUAGGCAAAUAUGAAUUACCGAACUAUUCCUUUCGUGGAUAUGCUACACGUGUCGAAGAGUCUACGCGUGCAGCGGAAGCCACUCUUGCAACUUGUGCCACCAAGUGGUCUAUCGAUUGUCAACUACGGGAGUCUGGGCGAGGUCGAUCAGUUCUACUUAAGUUGCCAGGAUUACAGGGAUUAUUAUCGCGAUCCUUUUAACAAGAUGAGUUGUUCGCCGAUGUUUCGCCAAUACCAUGGCAAGUGUGGCAAUCCACCGGAUCGUAAUGUUGAAAGAUUAAGUGCACCCGGGCUUUGGGUGACAGAACGUCCUCCGGUUGUAUAUUCGGAGAAAUAUAGUCCACGCAUGAAUCUGACUGGAAGCAUUAACAUCGAUGCUCAUUAUUCACGCAAUUCGGUCACAGUGUUCAAGCAUUAAUUGCGGUCUUUUCAUUUUCCUGUAUAUACUUUUUGGCCACUUUCAGUAAAUUGUGCUCAAAAGUCUAGGUUUUGGCAAUUAGUCAUUGCAUACAUAAACAGUUCCGAUUGCUGUUGAAAAAGUUGACGGACAAAGGGACGGGCAGUGGCAGCUUGGCUUAUUCGUUCGUAUUAGUUGGUGAUGUCACUUGUCAGUGGCAAAGAUCUUGAAGCUUAUGUGGCAAUUGUUUCUAUU